AUGACUACAAUCACCCGAAAACCUAUCCUCAUCUCCGGAGCAGGCCUGGCAUCCCUUCUCCUCGGCCAAGCCCUCCGCCGCGCUUCAAUCCCAUUCCUGAUCUUCGAGCGGGACAGCUCCAUCUCAUUCCGCGCCCAAGGAUACAGACUACGCCUGUCCGUCGAAGGCCUGGAUGCUAUAGAGUCGGUUCUCGCGCCCGAAGAUUGGAAGACAUUCUGGGAUACAUGCGGUAAGACGGGCGGGGCUGGAUUCUCGUCCAUCGACGCGAUAACGGGCGAACAGCAUCCCGAGCUGACAGCUGAUAACAAUAAAACCCCGCCCAUUCCGAAGGAGGUUCUGAAAUCGCGCGGGGAUAAAAUUGUGGGCAUUUCCCGCGGUGACAUGCGCAGGCUCUUCAUGACUGGGUGUGAGCCUUAUAUCAAGUGGGCGCACAGAGUCACAGGGUACGAGCUACUGCCUGAUGGCGUCCGGGCCAUUUUCGCCGAUGGAUCGAAGUCCGAGGAAGGGGAGAUGCUGAUUGCUGGCGAGGGAAUCUACUCAAAGGUCGCAAAGCAGCUUUCCCAAGGAAAGCUCAAGGUGUACGACACUGGCGCGAGAGGAAUUCACGGCCAAGCACCGGCGCCGGCGUUUAAAGAGCUCGGCGAGGGCGUUUGGCGAAUGACAGACGAUACUAAGCCUGGUGGUAGAGUGUUCACGAUCACGAAUGUACGGCCGGGAGAGGUCGACAAUCCCAAUAUUGAGUUUGGCUGGACGAUGGGAGCGCAGCCAGGCGUCAUCAAUGUACCCGGCGACGACUUCUCUAUUAUCGGGUCUUCGGCUGCAAAUAUUGCGAAGUCACUGACGACGAACUGGCACCCGCGACUAAAGCCUCUGUUCGAGCAAAUGAAUGUCUCCGAAGCAGCAUUUUGGAAGAUCACCUGCUCUACGCCCACUGGUGUCCCGGAAUGGACGAACGAGCCUCGGGUAACUGUCAUCGGGGACGCUGCGCACUCCAUGACACCCGCGGGCGGAAUUGGUGCGAACACGGCAGUUCGCGACUCGGCACUUCUUGGGAGACUUUUAACUGAGGCAGGUGGAUAUAGAAGUGACAUUACUGCCAAUUAUGAGAAGCAGAUGAGGAUAUAUGCCAGCGAGGCAGUGGGAAAGAGUUAUUCAAUGGCGGAGGCGCAGUUUGGUAUCAAGAUUGACAAGAACUCUCCUACUGUUUGA